AUGGCUUCCCCCCGUCCUCCGCACAGCUUCGGUCCCCAAGGCUAUCCUCUCCCCAACGGUGCCACUGGUCCUGUUCCCGGGGCCGCCCCUCUUCUUCCGAACAACGGUCGAAUCAUCCAGAACGGCCCUGUCAGAGUCCUCUGCAUUGCCGAUGUUCGAGGGAACUUGAGGUCUUUGAAUGAGUUGGCCAAGCAGGCCCGUGCCGACCACAUUAUCCACACCGGUGACUUUGGCUUCUACGAUGACACCUCGCUGGAGCGAAUUGCAGACAAGACUCUUAAGCAUGUGGCCCAAUACUCUCCGUUGCUUCCUGAAAACGUGAAGCGGACCAUUGCUCAGACCCCGCCUUCGCAGUCGAUUAAGCAGCGAUUCACCCCUGACCAGCUACCCCUCUCAGAACUUCCGAUGUUGCUCGAUAGGCGGAUUACGCUCGAUGUUCCUGUUUACACCGUUUGGGGUGCCUGUGAAGACGUUCGGGUAUUGGAGAAGUUCCGUUCCGGAGAAUACAAGGUGGACAAGCUGCACAUAAUUGAUGAGGCCAAUUCGCGGUUGCUGGAUGUUGGUGGUGUCAAGCUGCGUCUGCUGGGAUUGGGAGGUGCCGUGGUGAUGCACAAACUGUUUGACAACGGUGAGGGCAAGACCACCAUCGCCGGUGGACAAGGUACCAUGUGGACGACUUUGCUACAAAUGGGCGAGCUGAUAGACACCGCGAACCGUGUGUACGACCCGUCGGAAACCCGCAUCUUCGUCACACAUGCAUCACCCGCUCGGGAGGGUAUGCUAAACCAACUCUCCGUGACCCUCAAGGCCGACUUCUCGAUCUCUGCCGGUCUGCACUUCCGCUACGGUUCGUCCUACAACGAGUUCUCCGUGAACCCUUCGCUCGACCAUUAUCGCGGCAAGCUGGCUGCCUCGAAGGCCUCUUUCAAUGACGUCUGGGAGACGGUUCGGGGUGAGGUUGAGGCCGCCAUCUCUUCCAACGAGGCCCAGAAGACUUUGUUGGACAACGCUCUCAACGUGGUAAACCAGAUGCCCACCGUCGCCAACGGUGGAAACCCCUUUGGCGGACCCGCUGGACCAGGAAACGCCGCCGGCCAGGUUGAUGAGAGCGCCUUCAAGAACAUGUGGAACUUCAACCUGGCUGAUGCCGCAUUUGGCUUCUUGGUUCUUGAGGUUGAGGCUGGCCGCAUCGCCACGGAGAUGCGCGCCCAGGGUUUCAACUUUGCGCAUCGGACCGGAAAGCCCCAGGCUGCUGGAGGGCCCGGUGGUCAAGCUGGCGCCCCCGUGCCUGCUGGACCUCCCGGUGGCGUGACCUCCCCGGCGACUCGUGCGACCGGACCGGCUGCACCCCAGUUCAACCAGGCUCCGCCCGCCACUGUCCGCCCCGGAGCUCCCGCCCAGCCCCAGGCGCCAGCCAAGGGCCCGACCGCCGCCCCCGCUCGUACCUCGCCGGCCCCCGUGAUCCCCAAGCCCGCUACCCCCCAGCCCGCUGGCGCCGGUGCUCAGUCCCAGCUGCCCGCUCCUGUCUCGCCCGAGAAGACCUCGGUUUCGGAGGCCAACGGCAGUGCUCAGCCCGAGAAACCCUCCGAGUCUCCUCUGCCCAAGCCUGAGAAGAAGCAGAGCAACGGCCUGUUCGUGUCGAACGUGGACAACGAGCAGGCUGUGCGCGAUCUUUUCCCCGAGGAAGACAAGUCGAAGAUGGUCAAGGUCGAGAAAUGGGGCAAGUUCAACCACGUCGUGAUGUUCACAACUGUCGAAGAGGCCAAGGCCGCUCUCGACCGCCAGCCCGUCGAGCACAAGAAGCCCUCGCCCCCUGGCCAGCCCCGCAAGCCCAACAUCAAGUACUUUGAAGACCGCGGUAGCCACCGGGGCAACGCCGGUACGUGGCAGAGCAGCAACCGCGGUGGAAACACCUCCCAGCGCGGAUACCAGAGCGGCGGUGCCAGUGACAGCGAAACGGGACGAGGACGUGGUGGAUUCGGACGAGGCCGAGGCCGCGGUGACCGUGGCGGACGAGGUGGACGAGGCGGCCGCGGCGCAUUCAGCAAGGGAGCGACAGAUUCUCCAGCCCCGACAUCGACCCCUUCAGGCGACAAGCCGGCACCUUCGGGCGGUGAUGCUUGA